AUGGAGAACAAUCAUUACCCAUCCGUCGAGACUUGUAUCUUUUCUAUACUUCAUCAGGUUCCACCUAUUUUAAGUAGUGUUUCUAUAUUACUCAAUGGGUCUUUAUACGAUAAGAUGAUGCAAUUGGCAACUUCUGACCAACAGUUGCUAUUUUUUCAAUUAAAAUAUGGUAUAAAAAAUAAGAUAACUAUUCUUCAUUCCGGUCAAAUAAUCUCAUCUUCAUGGUGUGAAGUUAUACAAUGUGGACCAUAUGAACAAGGUAUAAUAAAUUUCCAAAAGACCCAAGUAACUUUUGUUAAAUCUAGCGACGAUGGGAAGUCAUUUAAGAAACUCCCAACUUUUAAUAUGCUGUCCAUACGAGACGAAAAUCCGAUAACAAAGGAAUUAAGAUGUUUACCCAAUCCAGUACAAAUGACAUUAAUUAAACCAACACCUUCUUUAUCGGAUGAUGACACAUUAUUUGCAUUUACGGAUAUACAAACGUUGGCUCAACUGAAUGUGACCGGUGGUUCAUUUAUUAAAGUAACAAAUAGUGAUAACUCCUCCAUAAUUAAGCUUUUUGUCCUACUCUAUCCAAACAAUCUCCAUGCGGAAAGUUCAGACAUAGGUGCCAUAUACGUAUCUCCUCGAAUUUUGGCUAAAUUUCCAAGGGAGAAGGUGGUCACUAUAUCCAACUAUAACCACGAUACUUCUAAGAUUCAAAUUGCGAAGUCUGCGUCUGUUUCAAGAGUAGGCAGUUGGAAUAACUCUCAGAGACAAUAUCAAUCCAUAAUUUUCAAUAAUUUGAAAAGAUUUUUUACCAAGAGAAAGCGUCUCUUACAAGUGGGUGACCUAAUCCCAAUAUCCUUUGAUUCAAACCUUGUUGAUCUAUAUACUGAAUCUGAUGAUGACACAGACUUUGAAGAAGAUAAUGAUUCACUCGUAUGGUUCCGCAUUGAAAGUGUGGAACUUGAGAAUGACCCUGUCGAUGAUAUACCAUUUAUCAUAGACUCUAAUCUGACAAGAUUAUCCACAUCAAAUGUGGUAGUAGAAAGACCAUUACCCAUGGCUCAAUACAAAUAUCUAUCAUAUUUUAAUCUAAACACGAACUUCCUUUACGAUUUGGCGAUUUUCCCUUAUGCACGAAGAUUCACAGACAUUAUCAAUACUUCAUUACUGUGUUCAAUGAAUGCUUCCAUUUUGUUGCAUUCAAAUAACUCCCAUGUUGGGAGAGCAACAUUGGCAAAAUUUGUAGCAAGCUGGUUAGGCUUUCAUCUAAUAGAGAUAGAUUGUUCAGUUUUACCAUCCAAUAAUGGAUCCUUGGAAGGUACAAAUAAAAUCAUCGGGCACAUAAAGGCUAAAAUUGAAAAUGUGUUGAAACAUACAUCAGUGACUAUGAUCUUUUUGAAAAAUAUGAACGCCAUUCUUUCAAAACCAGAUCCGAAUCAAGACCCUGACGCCUCAAAACUAUCACAGACUAUGGAUUUUGAAAUAACUAAGAUGAUUGAGCAAUAUACUACAGAAUUCAAAGGUGUUUCAUUUGUUGCGUCGGUCAAUAACAUCGAUGAUGUGUCUCAGGUAAUAAGGUCACACAUUAAAUUUGAAAUAUUUGUACCAGUUCCCACAGAAUUACAGAGGAAAUCAAUCUUUCAAUGGUAUCUUUCUCUUGAACAACUAAAUAAGAAGACACCUGGAAACUCUUGCAUCUUCAAAAUGGGUAAAGACGUGGAUCUUCCUCAAUUAGCAAUACAUUCUGCUGGGCUCACUCCAUUAGAUAUCAAAUCAAUUGUUCAGACGGCAAAAGCUAAAUGUAUGGAUAAUUUCGAUCCCUUCAGAUUGAUGUGCAACCGUCAUAAUAUGUUAAUCAGUAUGGAAUCAUUAAGAUAUGCUAUCAGUAUGGCAAGAGACGAAUUUUCCACGUCUAUCGGGGCUCCUAAGAUUCCUAACGUGACUUGGGAUGAUAUCGGUGGCGUAGACUUGGUCAAAGGAGAAAUCAUGGAUACUAUCGACAUGCCAUUGAGGCAUCCUGAAUUAUUUGCAUCAGGAAUGAAAAAAAGAAGUGGGAUAUUAUUUUAUGGACCACCCGGGACAGGUAAGACUUUAAUGGCAAAAGCCAUUGCAUCCAAUUUUUCUUUGAAUUUCUUUAGUGUCAAGGGUCCUGAGUUGUUAAACAUGUACAUUGGUGAAUCAGAAGCUAAUGUAAGGAAGGUUUUCCAAAGAGCUAGAGAUGCGAAGCCAUGCGUCAUCUUUUUUGAUGAAAUUGAUUCCGUUGCACCAAAGAGAGGGAACCAAAGUGAUUCGGGUGGUGUUAUGGAUCGUAUUGUCUCUCAAUUACUGGCAGAGUUAGAUGGGAUGAGCAGUGGUGGAGAUGGAAUAUUUGUUAUUGGUGCCACUAAUAGACCUGAUUUAUUAGACGAGGCCCUGCUAAGACCAGGAAGAUUUGAUAAGUUACUGUAUCUUGGGAUUCCAGACACAAACCAAAAGCAACAAAACAUUUUAGAAGCUUUAUCACGUAAAUUUGAUCUUGAUAAAGAUGUCAAGUUUGAAACCCUGGUUAACAAUUGUCCAUUUAAUUACACAGGGGCCGAUUUUUAUGCUCUCUGUUCGGAUGCAAUGCUAAAUGCCAUGACAAGGAUUGCAGCAGAUGUCGAUAAAAAAGUAGAAGAAUACAAUAAGACACGUAAUGAAAAUAUAUCUGUGAGAUAUUGGUUUGAUCGGGUUGCUACAUCGGCUGAUACAGAUGUCAUUGUUAAAAUGUGUGAUUUUGCCAAGGCAAAUAAAGAAUUAGUACCAAGUGUUUCUCACGAUGAGUUAGCACACUAUUUAAGAAUAAAAGCAAAUUUUGAAGGAAGUACAUAA